AUGUCCUCGGAUUCUCCGGACCAGUGGCAGAUACCUCUCGGAUCUCUCCCUAUUCCCCCAGUCGUGCAAGAUGUGAGCGGCAUGAACUUUGGUUCUCCCAACUCUUUCGAUGAUAGAGCCUCUUCUAUCGGCACAAUUCCCUCGGGCGGGAGCCAUCAGGCUGUACGGGAUGUUUCGGACAUGGUCACAAGCUCAUCCUCCAGCGUAACCGCUGCGAUAAAGGCGACUUCAAUCACGUCUGUGUUUUUGGACGAAUGCCUACACAUGUUCUUCGUGCGGUUCAUUCCUACCUUCCCAAUCCUUCAUCGAGCCACCUUUGUUUUCCGCGACUGCACCCAUCCCUUGCUACUAAAUGCUAUGGCCCUAGGGUCUUUGUAUCUCGGCCCUAAAGACUCGGUUGCGAAGGGAGAAGCACUAUGGAGACUAGCACAUACAGCUGUUUCUACCUCGUGGCAAUCAUUGAUCACGCACCGUGGCCCGUACGAUGCCUGCAACGGCGUACAGCUUCUGCUCACUGCCCUUUUAGGGCAAAUAUACGGGGCGCUGUCCAAGAGUCGGGCAAUCCGCACCACUAGCCAGGUCUUCCGACCCCUCGGCUUCUUCUGGGCACGGCAUUGCGGCAUGCUAGACAGUGAACCCUUUUCGAUAGAAGACGUACCAUUUCCCAAUACUUCGAGCACGGAGAAAGAUCAAAAAUGGCGAACAUGGGCCGCACGAGAGAUCCAGCAGCGCGCCCUGUUAGCAUACUAUGUUCUUGAUGGGCUCGUUGCACAGAUGUCCGGUGAUGGGGCUUCCACUCGUCAUGUUGCGAAUCCGCUCGUUCUUCCCAGCAGUGAGGCUGCAUUCGACGCCAACAGUGCCGAUGAAUGGUUAACCCACAUGCGCUCUCAGAAGGCAGAGCAGCCUUCCUUCCGGCUCAUAUUCCGCUCCCUAUUCCCACCCACGAGUAGCUUCAGAGCUCUCGAUUACCAGUUCUCCGCCUUCUCCCUUCGCGUGGUCCUCGAGGGCCUCCAGUCCCUUGUCUCAGACUCAGACGAGUACGACCUCACUGCUGUCGGCGUCCCAGGCCGUUCCGACGUCCGAAGAGCUCUAGCUCAAGUCCACGAAACCAUUACAAUGAGCAUCCACCUCUCCUCCUCAGAACGCCUUGAGGUCCUUCUCCGCUGGCACACUAUCUGCCUCGACACAAUGAUCAACUCCACCGUCCUCUGCCGCCACGUCUGCUCACGCUACGACAUCCCCCAACAAGUAUCAGGCGGUUCCCGCACCCUUCGGCCGGGCUUCGACAUGCUGAACUGGGUCAACACUGAAGACGCCCGCCGCGCCCUCCUCCACGCCAUCGCCAUCCAAGACAUAAUCGAGCAACUCCCCCGCGGCCGCGCCCACGUCAUCCACAUGCCGUCCUCCCUCUUCGCGGCAGCAACAGUCUACGUCGUCUUCGCCCUCACAGGAAUCGCAAAUAUCCAUCUCCCCCGCACAAUCGUCUGGCAGGACGCGUUACUCUCGCACGCCGACCUGAAUCUCGGCUGCGAGACUGCGGUCAGACCUUCCACUGGCUCUGAAACGAGCCGAUUUGUGGCGGAGGGACGGACGGAUUCCCCGCCUGGUGUUGCAGCAACCCGGAACCUGCUGUACGAGAUGAAUUCGAUGCAGAAGUUGUUCCGGUGUUUGAUUUCGCAGUGGGGCAUCGCGCAUGAUAUGGAGGAGAUUGUUAAUCAGUGGAUUAUUCUGUGUCAUUAG